AUGGCCACGGCCUGGAUCCAGAAAAACAACCGCGAGGUGAUCAUGCUCAACCAGUAUGUCAAGCGAUGGAUCAAGGAGAAAUUGGCGCGCAGUUCCGUGGAUGAGGCAGACAGUGUCUUGGUCAAUGCGUACAAACUGGCUACACAACUGAAUAACGGUCUCCGCCAAGUUCACAAAACCGUCAAAUUCUGGUUUGAGCGCAGUCUCCAGUUCCAGUAG